GAGUAUCCCUCCCACUCCUGGCUGGUUUUCUGCUGCACCCUGCACUCCUAGCCCCGGCCCCGAAUUUCUCUUCCCGACCCGCAUCCCAGACACCGCCCCGGCUCUUCCCAGCCCGACCGGCAGCUAUGGAGCAAUGGCUUUGGCCGUCGGGCGGCGCCUGGCUGCUCGUGGCGGCCCGUGCGCUGCUGCAGCUACUGCGCGCAGACCUGCGUCUGGGCCGCCCGCUGUUGGCGGCGCUGGCGCUGUUGGCUGCCCUCGACUGGCUGUGCCAGCGCCUGCUGCCCCCGCUGGCUGCACUCGCCUUGCUGGCCGCCGCCGGCUGGAUCGCGUUGUCCUGCCUGGCGCGCCCGCCACGCCUGCCCGUGGCCACUCGCACGGUGCUCAUCACCGGCUGUGACUCUGGUUUUGGCAAGGAGGCGGCCAAGAAGCUCGAUGCCAUGGGCUUCACGGUGCUGGCCACUGUGUUGGACUUGGAGAGCCCUGGUGCCCUAGAGCUGCGUGCCUGCUGCUCCCCUCACCUAAAGCUGCUGCAGAUGGACAUGACCAAACCAGCUGACAUUAGCCGGGCCCUGGAGUUCGCCAAGGCGCACACCAGCAGCACAGGCUUAUGGGGCCUGGUCAACAAUGCGGGCCUCAAUGACAUAGUGGCCGAUGCGGAGCUGUCUCCAGUGGCUACGUUCCGCACCUGCAUGGAGGUGAACUUCUUUGGCACGCUGCAGCUGACCAAGGGCCUCUUGCCACUUUUGCGCCGUUCCAGGGGUCGUAUUGUGACCCUGGGCAGCCCGGCAGGAGACAUGCCAUUUCCAUGCUUGGGGGCCUAUGGGACUUCCAAAGCGGCCAUGGUGCUGCUCAUGGACAUAUUCAGCAGUGAACUUCUGCCCUGGGGUAUCAAGGUCAGCGUCAUCCAGCCUGGCUGCUUCAAGACAGGUGAAGGGUCAGUUAACAACCUGAACUGCUGGGAGCGGAGCAAACAGCUGCUGCUGGCUAACCUGCCCCAGGAGCUGCUACAGGCCUAUGGCGAGGAUUACAUAGAGCACAUACACAGGCAGUUCCUGCAUUCGCUGAGCCUGGCAGUGCCCGACCUCAGCCCAGUGGUAGAUGCCAUCGUCGACGCGCUGCUGGCCGCUCAGCCACAACACCGCUAUUACCCGGGCCGUGGCGUGGGGCUCAUGUACUUCAUCCACUACUACCUGCCCCGGGGCCUGCGGCGCCGCUUCCUGCAAGCCUUCUUCAUCAGUCCCUGCGUGCCCAGAGCACUGCGGCGGGGCAAGCCUGGCCCCACUCCCGCCCAGGACGAAGCCCGAGAAGCAGACCCAAACCCAGGCCCUUCCCCCGCAGUGGCCGAAUGAGCAGUGUGCACACAUGGGGCCUAGCUGUUCCAGCAGAGGAGGUCCUGUGAGCCCCUCGCCCUCCCCUGGACAUUGUGGCCCCAAAACCUGCCCUAGAGCCUGCCCCACAGGACCCCCAGCCCCAUGGACUGCCGAUGCCCCAGGGCAGGCCUGGUGAGGCUAAGGCUUCCCGGGGAACUGGGCCUCUCUGCUGUUUCUCGGCCCCAGACAUGCUCUCCAGGGCACACCACCCCACCCUGUAGUGUAGAGAACCCAGCUGGAAGGGGGAUGUAGUGCGAGACGUAGCUGUAGCCUUCGAUAGGACCCCACAGUCAGUGCCUCUGCAAACUAAGACGUGACAGGGUAGGUUGGGCACCCCCUCAGGAUUAUUUCUCAGCACUGGUGCCUCAGUGCUGCGAUUCAAAGGGUGAAUCCCAGCUAUUUCUUGACUGGCUCAAGAAUCAGGGUCCCGACCACCCACCCCAAGCCACAGGGAGGCUGCAUACCCUACUUGCCUGACUGCCAUUUAAGAAAUAAAGACACAUUUUAAUUUCUCCUA